CAAGACAAAAUCCCUCCAACCUUGCUUGCCUUUCACCCCAUUAAUUUUUCCAUUUUCUUUUUCUUAAUGGGAAGAUAAAAAUCCCCAAAAGAAGUCAAGAAAUGGAGAAGAAAGGCAACAUUCUAAUGCGCAAGUACGAGAUGGGAAAGGUUAUAGGGCAAGGAACCUUCGCGAAGGUCCACCACGCUCGGUCCCUGAAGACAGGCUCGAGCGUGGCGAUCAAGAUCCUCGACAAGGAAAAAAUCAUGAAGAUCGGCCUGAUCGACCAAAUCACUCGCGAGAUCUCCGUGAUGCGCCUCGUGAAGCACCCGAACGUCGUCCACCUCUACGAGGUCCUGGCCAGCAAGUCCAAGAUCUACUUCGUGAUGGAGUACGUCCGCGGCGGCGAGCUCUUCAACAAAGUGGCCAAGGGCCGCCUCAAGGAGGACGCCGGACGCCGCUACUUCCAGCAGCUCGUCGCGGCCGUGGACUUCUGCCACAGCCGCGGCGUCUACCACCGCGACCUGAAGCCAGAGAAUCUCCUGCUCGACGAGCAGGGGAGCCUCAAGGUCACCGACUUCGGCCUCUCCGCCCUCAUCGACUCUAAGCGCCACGACGGCCUCCUCCACACCACGUGCGGGACCCCCGCCUACGUGGCGCCUGAGGUCAUUAAUAAGCGCGGAUAUGACGGCGCGAAAGCCGAUAUCUGGUCUUGUGGGGUCAUCCUUUUUGUCCUAUUAGCAGGAUAUCUUCCUUUCCAUGACUCCAAUUUAAUGGAGAUGUACAGGAAGAUUACCCGGGGGGAUUUCCGGUGUCCCCACUGGUUCCCUCCGGAGGCGAGGAAGCUCCUCGCCAGGAUCCUCGACCCCAACCCAGGGUCGAGGAUCACAAUCUCCAAGAUCAUGGAGAAUUCCUGGUUCAGGAAAGGGUUCAAGCCUGUCAAAUCGGCGAUCUUCGUCGACAUAUCAGAUUCUUCGGAGACAAUUCUGGAGGGCGUGGAUUCGGAUUCGGAAUCUUGCGAAACAGGUGUGCAGAACAUGAACGCGUUCGACUUGAUAUCGAUGACACCGGGGUUCGAUCUCUCGGGGCUGUUCGAGGGGGAGGGGGGAGGGAGCCAGGGGAGGGACCGCAAGUGGUUCACGACGAGGGAGACGCCAGAGACGGUGGUGUCGAGGCUGGAGGAGCUGGCGACGACGGAGAGCUUCAGGAUUAGGAAGAAGGAUGGGGUGGUGAAGAUGCAGGGGAAGAAGGGGGGGAGGAAGGGGCAGCUGGGGAUAGACGCGGAGAUUUUCGAGGUGGCGCCGUCGUUCCAUAUGGUGGAGGUGAAGAAGUCCUCCGGCGACACGCUGGAGUAUGUCAAGUUUUGUGAUCAGGAGUUGAAGCCUUCGCUUAAGGAUAUAGUGUGGAGUUGGGAGGGGAACACCAAACCUUCUUAGUCCAAAAUGUUUGGUGUGUACAUGAUUGAUGGAUUGGAUCUUGAUUACUUUUGCUUUGUUGGAAGAUGGCAAAGCUAACAAAGAGUGUGGACUAGCAACUUUCUCUUGUUAUAUGCUAGAGUUUAUGUAUAAUGAAUAAUCAAUCUAGACAAAAUGGCUUCCUAGAAUAACCAUCUCUUUCUCUAUAAAAAUGAAGCAA